AUGUCGGAAGCUCUCAGCAAUCUGAAGAACAGUCGCCGCCGGGGUUACCGCCGCCUCGGACAGCAGCUGUCGUUCAACUCCCUUAAUGAGGACGACGAGAGGGGGUGGAAGGGAGACCAGGGGAACUGGCCCAAGAAGGACGUCGCCUCGAAAGGGGGAAGUAAGACCGCCCACCCCUUGCUGAACGUCCUCCACGCUCCACGGAUGGACAAGGCCAUGGCAAAGCCAGAGUUCCUGAGGUACCUGGCCUACUUGAAGGAGGCCGGAAGAUGGAACGCCGACGCCAACCGCCCCGUGAUCACAUUCGAUUGA